ACUCGUCAAUCGUGUCAGCAUCCAAGAGCUCUCGAGGAACCCACAAUCCUCUGCAACUCCCUCCCUUCCCGGGAAAGUUCUUGCCCGGAGCAGAAACCCCUCGUCCCUCUCGCUCGUAUCAUCACCUCACCGUCCUCUUCGUCGUCGGAGAUGGCGGUCUCAUGCCCAGAAGUCACCGCCAACCUCACCACUUCUGCCGACACACAGUCACCGAGCGAACAGCAACGGCAGCGGCAAGAUCAGUCGCUCGACACCUUCUCAUUCGCUCCAGUGAGCCUCCAGAGACUCCCCCACCUCGCCGAUUACCUCCAGAACCUCCAAACUCUGCCCAACCCGCUCGAUAGCAACCGCUUCUUCCAUCCGAUCGACGGCUUCUACAUCUACCCCUGCGACGUCAUCCUCCGUCAGAUCGUCUAUGAUCUCUCUGGUAUGUUUUCUCCGCCGGCGCCACACCUGGCCUACCACAGGGCAGGCCCGCGCGAGCGCGUGUUCUUUGAGCCCUCUGAAGUACGGGCGGCAAUCGUCACAUGCGGAGGGCUGUGCCCGGGGCUGAACACAGUGAUCAGAGAGCUUGUAGUGGGGCUGUGGGAGUUGUAUGACGUCCGUGAGAUAUAUGGGAUUACGGCAGGGUACAGAGGGUUUUACUCGUGUGAGCCAGUGAAGUUGAGUCCCAAGAUGGUGCACGGGUGGCACAAGAGGGGCGGCACCGCACUCGAGACCUCAAGGGGUGGCUUUGAUCUCGAAAAGAUUGUCAAUGCUAUUGAAGAGAAGGGGUUUAAUCAGGUGUACAUCAUUGGUGGCGACGGCACAAUGAGGGGCGCAGUAAAGAUAUUUGAGGAAAUACGUCGCCGGAAAUUAAAAAUAGCUGUAGUUGGAAUUCCCAAAACUGUUGAUAACGACAUUGGCAUUAUUGAUAGGUCAUUUGGCUUCCAGACGGCGGUCGAAAUGGCGCAACAAGCAAUCAAUGCUGCGCAUGUGGAGGCUGAAAGUGCAGUUAAUGGAAUUGGGCUUGUGAAACUGAUGGGCCGAAGUACGGGCCACAUUGCUCUUCAUGCAACGCUCAGUAAUCGUGAUGUCGACUGCUGCUUGAUUCCUGAAGUCGAGUUCUUCUUGGAAGGGAAAGGUGGACUGCUCGAGUUUCUUGACAGGAGACUGAAAGAGAAUGGACAUGCGGUGCUAGUGGUUGCUGAGGGCGCGGGACAGUCUAUUAUACCGCGAACCGAAUCACAGAAGGAAGAGAGGGAUGAAUCGGGAAAUCCCGUGUUCUUGGACGUUGGUGGGUGGUUGAAGUCAGAGCUGAAGAAAUGGUGGGACCGGGAUCAUCCGAACGAGCUGUUCACAGUCAAGUACAUCGAUCCUACCUAUAUGAUCCGGGCAGUCCCGGCGAACGCCACCGACAAUCUGUACUGCACUCUUUUGGCUCACUCAGGAAUUCAUGGACUCAUGGCUGGUUAUACUGGCUUCGUCUGUGGUCCUAUAAAUGGAACCUACGCGUACAUACCUCUCGACGAUGUGGCCAAGGCCAAGAACGUGGUCAACACGCAGGACCAUAAGUGGGCGUGGGUCAGGUCAGUAACCAAUCAGCCUGAUUUUGUGAGGAGCUAGAUGUCCGAUGCCAAAUUUUGCGGUGCUCGUUUUAUGAGCAUGCUGUGAUCCUAUCAGCUCCGCAUUCCGGGGUGAUUGGAAACGUCGGAGUCGCCCGAUAUGGUAGUGAAUAAAAGCGCUGAUUAAUGUGCUUUAUAAUCAGUUGAAGUACACACAUUUUUUGUUUUUUUGCCAGAACAAGAACUUGGAAACAUAAAUCAGCUGAUACAUAUUUCAUGGUAUUCGAAGUUGUCUUAGCUUUGAUGGUGUUGUGAAAUUUAUGUCGGUCGUGGGUUUCCCCUUUCUCUACUUUCUUUGUUGUUUGACAAAGUUUAGGUGCAAUUAUUUGUGGACAAUCGUGUGUUUUCUU